AAACCUGAACAAACUGCUUUAGUUGCAUUUAACAAGGACAACGGCCUAAAUCUUACGACGCCUACAAUCUUCACUUUUCUAUUGCGUGGCCCAUUACAGCUCAUUAAUCGUAACUUUGCCAAAGUGUCUAGAUAUUGGAAUUUAUGGCUCGCUUAUUAUUUGUAG